CUUCCGUAUCACCUAUGAAACCAACAUUCAAGAAGACGUUGGAACCCAUUUGCUGAGCUGGGAGUGCGUCAAGAGCGACCUCGAUUACAUCCAGUACAGGACAACGGAGACAGGAAACUGGACCACGUGUUCCGAUUCGGCUGACUGCGAUGCCACCGUUAAUCAUGUGCGAACCACGAUGUUCUCAAGUGGAUACUUAAGGCUGACCAUCCAACAAAUACCGCUAAGCGAAGAGGAGGUUUGGUUCCGCGGCUGCAAUGACCAUGGAUGCGGACAAGAACACUCUUUGUCACUCUACUCGCUUGUUUCCGGUCCAUCUUCACUCACUGCUGUCAGUAUCACACUAAGAGGACAUGAUGCAAUUCUUAGAUGGUAUGAGCCCUAUCCGACUCCAUACCAUGACGUCGAAGUUACUUGGCACUGUAAUGAUAACAAGAGCACUGUUUAUGUGAUCAGAGCAUCCUCAAGUUAUUGGUCCGGCACCUACCAGGAGACACCGAUUGUAGGGAUUCCUGCCAAUGCUGAACAUUGCAAGUUUGUUGUCUCAACGUAUGAAAACCGAGACGAUGAAACCUAUUACGGUCCACCUAUGGAAGCCACCCUUGAAUAGCGUAGCGACGGCGACGGCAACAAGGUGGUACUCUUACGCACUGAUUGUCCGGGUGCUUUCAUCUCUUAGGCCAUCCAUGAAAAUAAAUAUGACACUUUCAAUCUACGUGGUGUCACCAAGCGGAGAUAAUAUUUUAAGAAUUGGUGUGGCUCA